AUGAGGAGCAAGAUCGAAAGGCGAAUGCGUAAAGAGUCUGGUAAAACACUCAAGGAGAUUCGGAGAGCAAAGAAAUUGAAGAAAAAAUUGAUGACUGAUGAGGAGAGGCUCAUUUACAACCUCAAAAGAGCUAAGAAGAAAGUUGCAUUGCUUCUACAAAAGCUCAAGAAAUAUGAGCUACCUGAGUUGCCACCCCCAUUGCAUGAUCCUGAGCUCCUGACAUCUGAGCAGCUUCAAGCAUAUAAGAAGAUUGGUUUCAAAAAUAAAAAUUAUGUUCCUGUUGGUGUUCGUGGAGUCUUUGGAGGAGUUGUCCAAAAUAUGCAUAUGCACUGGAAGUUUCAUGAGACUGUGCAAGUAUCUUGUGACAACUUUCCCAAAGAAAAAAUCAAGGAAAUGGCUACCAUGCUAGCAAGAUUAAGUGGGGGUAUUGUGAUAAAUCUUCAUAAUGUGAAGACAAUUAUCAUGUUCAGAGGCAGAAACUAUCGCCAACCAAAAGAUUUGAUCCCUUUGAACACUCUUACAAAAAGGAAGGCACUGUUUAAGGCCAGGUUUGAGCAAGCUCUUGAAUCUCAGAAGCUAAACAUCAAGAAAAUUGAACAGCAGCUCCGGCGAAUGGGUGUAAACCCUGAGGAUCCAGUUGCCAUGGCCAGCAUCCAGAGAGUAGCUUCCACAUUCUUCAAUGCUAUUGACAAGAAGGAAGGAAGCCCGUAUGUCUUUCGUGGUGACAAAGAGUCAAUGGUGGAGUCUGGUGAUCAUUUAGAACAUUCAGAACCUCCUGCUGAUAGUGAUCAAGAGGAACUGGAUAGGUUUAUUGCUGAGAUAGAGGAUGCAGCAGAUCAAGAGUGGGCUGCAGAAGAAGCUGCAGAAGAAGAAGAAUUUGGUAAGAUUAGGUACUGGAAUAGGGAAGAUUAUAGUGGGAGGUUUAGGAGACCAGAAAUACAUAGAAGUGAAGCUUACAAUGGUGAGGUAAGGGGAGCCAGGCAUUGGAGAGAUGCACAUGGCAAACAGAUGAGUUCUAAUCGAGAUGAUGAUAGUGAUGCUUCUGAGGAUGAUAAUGAGUGGAAAGUUAGAGAUAAUAAUAAUCUUGAGAGUGAUUCUUAUGCAGAUCGCAGUAGAUCUAGAGGGCAGUGGAACAAGCAAGAUGGGACUGGAAGGGAAUACAACGCUCAGCGUUUCACAAGAAAUGCUGAAGCUAAAUUUAAAGUAAAGAUGGCUGAAGAAGAUUCCGAAUCAAAAGAGAUGUUAAGUGAUCUUGACAAUGCAAUGUGGCAAUCAGAUGCCGAAGAAGAACAUGUCUCAAGAACUUCAAGAGCGGAAGCAAGUCCCAUGUUUGAAAGCAGUAGUGAUGAAGAGGAGGAUACCUAUCCCUUGAAGAGAAAUGAGAUGACUAGGGUAAAUGAUCUUCUGAGUGAUGCAUAUGACAGUGAUGAAGGGCCUGACAAGUUUAAAAUAUCAAGUGUGAAGCAGAAGAAUGAAGUUGGUUCUUUCAAGAGAAAUGCUGCAGCAAAUUCCAGGAGAAAGAUGUUCCAGGAAGAUUCUGGGUCAGGUGAUAUGUAUAGUGAUUCAAAACAUGCAACGUGGGAAUUGGACGAUGAGGUAGACGUAAGAGCAUGCAGUGAAAAGGGUUAUAAUUACGGGGACAGUAGUGAAAACGAAGAUCACCACUUGAAGCAACAGGAGAAGCAUGAAGCGAGUGGUGAGAAGGCGAUGUCACGAAAAGAGGUGGAUGAGACUUGGGACAGUGAUUAG